AUGAGUACAGACGCUUCGGACUAUGAAAUGCAGUUAAGGAAGGAUGAAGGCCAAAAGGAGAUCCAGUCCAGACCGGCCCUAUCGGCUGGGAAGAUCUUCUACAAGCCGGGUGCUAUCGAAGAGGAAACGGAUGAAACUAGCUGUCUAGAUAGUUCAGUGAUGGAGUCUCCGAUGCUGGGAUUGGGAUACGACGGCGGGUUGCUAAGGCCACCGAUGAUAAGACAAUCAAGCAGUCUUCAUAGAGUGCCCACAUACAGUAGCUCCAUCGGCCAUAGCACUGUAUACAGACAUGAGACUUGUAGUGGCCAGUGGUUGGUGAUCCUUCGCGACGAUCGUGAUCUGUGGUUGGUUGUGAACAUGAGUUCCAAACAACCGAGGGCCGCCUCCAGACGGCGCCUCCCAAAAGGCCCUUCUCAGGGCCAACCCCAAGGCCCUUCUCAGGGCCAACCCAAAGGCCCUUCUCAGGGCCACUCACGGGACGCAUCAGCGUCUGAGGCUAGCCGCGCACCGUCGGCGGCAACCCUUCAUAGUGUGGGCCAAACCACGGACUACUCGGACACCGAGUCCGUGAUGAGCGUGUCAGAUUGUGGUUCGAUCCGCCGCGAGUCCAGGAAGCGAUUCCUGCGACAAAAGUCCGGGGGAUCUCCCGACGCUGCCAGGACACCCGCAAAACGGGCCAUAAUAGAGGCGGAUCUAGAGGAAGUGGUUGCCUCUAAGGAGAAGGUCGCGCGGACGACCAGAGCUAAGGCCGGCUACGGCGCAGUUACCGUCCGCUAUGGGGACCACUCCGUAGAGGAGAUGGAGCGCAUGGCUCUCGAGGACCAGGGGGAAAUUAUUGAGGUGGCCUCCAAGUCCUCAAACCUAAAGGGGACCUUCCAAAAGGCCCUCAAAUGUCGGGCAGCCAGCCUAAUGGGCAUUGUUAGGGAACUUUCGCAGCGCACUACGUCCAACGAGACGCGGUUACUGCAGGCGAAAGUUGACCGCCUGCAGAAGGAGAUGUCUGCGCUGCACGCUCGCAUUGCCGAGCUUAUGGCAAGGUCUGAAGGGACCUCGGAAGGUCCGGCGGUGGCGGCGGCCCCCUCCAAUCUUGAGGACAUCAUCCGAAAGGUGGUCAUGGAGGAGAGGGCCUUUACAAAAGCCUGCUUCGCAGGCAUUGAGGACCGGCUGCUGCCGGAAAAGAGGCUCCGCCCUCCACUCGACAGGACCUCUACUGCACCGCCGCCCCAAGAAGCAGCGCCAGCGCAGAAGGAGCAGCCCAAGGCCACGAAGGCAGGCAAAGGGAAGGGGAAGGGAAAGAAGUCCCCUUCGGCCCCUACCUCACAGGCGGGAGCCAGCGCUGCUCCAGCGCCCGCCCAAGCUCUUGUAAGGGAAGAUGCCCUGCUGCCUUCUACCACACCCUCCAACGAGCCAUGGAAGAAGGUGGUUGGCAAGAAGCAGCGAAAGGGGAAAAAGCCGGUACCUGAGUCCCUGGCAGCCAAUAAAGCUCCGGCGGGAAAGAGGAGGAAGCUCGCUCCUCCAAAAACCGCGGCCGUAGUGGUGACCCUCACAGCGGAAGCUGUUACACGUGGGGAGACGUACGAGUCCGUGCUGCGACGGGCUCGUGCAAAUAUCGACCCCGUGCAACCGGGCAGUCGUGACCGCGACAUUAUCGCGUGCGAUGCUUCAGGAUUCACACGAGCACCGGGGGAUGAAGACGCAGACGAUCCGCUGCUAGUGAAGCGAGCACACGACAUGCACGCUGACCCGGAGUCACCCAGCCGCGAGGAGGCCCAACUCCUCACCGACGACUGGUAUAAAGUGAAACCAGUGUCGGGGAACGGGAAUCUUUCACCAGGAGUCUAUUAUCCUUCAGGCAGCAAGAGGUUCGUCGAUCGACCUGUGCCGUCUCCAAUAACACCGAGCCGUUCUCAUAGACAUGGAGCCUCGAGAAGAACAAGACGAAGGGCGAUUCUCAAAAAUGGUGAAUGUAAUAUUCUUAAGUCGAAGAUCUCACAGCGUCGGCUGCGUUUUCUCCAGGACAUGUUCACGACCCUUGUCGACGCUCAAUGGCGCUGGACCCUACUCAUAUUCACGCUAUCAUUCAUACUUUCUUGGCUGGGGUUCGCUCUUAUAUGGUGGCUGAUUGCCGUUACACACGGAGACCUGGAACCAGAGCAUUUACCACCUAUGCAAGAGUCAUCGAAUUGGAAGCCCUGUGUUUUUAAUAUUUACGAUUUCACUUCAUGUUUUCUAUUUAGUAUUGAAACUCAACACACCAUUGGAUAUGGUUCUCGUACGACUACAGAGGAAUGUCCAGAAGCUAUAUUCAUAAUGUGUCUACAAAGUAUAGUCGGUGUGAUGAUCCAAGCCUUUAUGGUGGGCAUUGUAUUUGCAAAAAUGACAAGACCUAAACAUAGAACGCAAACGCUUCUAUUUUCAAGAUAUGCUGUUGUCUGUCAGAGAGACGGAGAAUUGUGCCUUAUGUUUAGGGUCGGUGAUUUGAGAAAAUCUCAUAUAAUCGGAGCAAGUGUGCGGGCUCAAUUAAUUCGAACGAGAACAACAAAGGAAGGCGAAGUACUCUCACAUUACCAGACAGAAUUAGAACUAAAUGCAGACGGCUGUGAUAGUAAUCUGUUCUUUAUAUGGCCAAUUACAAUGGUCCAUCGUAUUAAUGCAAGCAGUCCUUUCUAUGGAGUGUCUGCGGCAGACGUGCUUCAAGAGAAAUUUGAAAUCGUUGUUAUUCUGGAGGGUACUAUUGAAUCUACCGGACAGACAACACAGGCGCGAUCUAGUUAUACAACAAGUGAAAUAAUGUGGGGACAUAGAUUUGUGCCAUUAGUGUCAUAUAACCGUGAACGCCAGGGCUACGAGGUAGAUUAUUCUAAAUUCGAGGAGACAUCGCAAGUGGAUACGCCCCUUUGUUCUGCAAAAGAAUUGGACGAAUUUUACGGUACUCAAGCUGAGCGUAGAUCAAUCGAGAGCACAGAGCCUAUGGUCCUCAGAUUACCAGAGCGUCACGAUCCCGAACCGGUGCCCAAAGCGGAACACAAAAACGGAGACUUCACCGUCACUCUAUAA